AAACCAAAACGAAAACCGUCCCAUGUUGAUCUCAAAAAUGGGCAUCAUAGGGGCUGGGGUAAGUGGUUUAGCUGCUGCUAAACAGUUAUCUCAUCACAACCCUAUUGUUUUUGAGGCCUCAGAUUCCAUUGGUGGGGUUUGGAGUCAUUGCUCCUACAACUCCACCAGACUACAGUCUCAUCGUCGUGAUUAUGAAUUCACCGAUUUCCCUUGGCCUCAAAGGGACAACCCCGAUUUUCCCACCCAUUUGGAGAUACUCAAUUAUCUGCACUCUUAUGCUCACCACUUUGACGUUUUCAAAAACAUCAGGUUCAACUCCAAGGUCGUCGAAAUCCGCUUCUCCGGCAACCGCGAAGUCACUGGCUUUUCAAGCCUGCUUCCCGGUCAGUCUGUGUGGGAAGUUGCUGUGCAGACCAAUAACUCAGACACCAUUCAGUGGUACGGAUUCGAGUUUGUGGUAGUAUGCGUUGGGAAAUAUGGAGACACACCGAAAAUUCCAACGUUUCCACAGAAAAAAGGGCCACAUAUAUUCAAGGGAAAGGUGAUGCAUACGUUAGAUUACUGUAAACUUGACCAGGAAGCUGCUACUCAACUUCUGAGAGGGAAAAAGGUGGUGGUGGUUGGUUUCAAAAAGUCAGGUAUUGAUUUAGCCAUGGAGUGUGCACGGGCAAACCAAGGAGCUGAAGGAGAAGCCUGCACCAUGGUUGUAAGGACUUUGCAUUGGACAGUUCCCCAUUACUGGAUUUGGGGAUUACCUUUUUUCAUGUUCUUCUCAACAAGAUCUUCUCAGUUCAUUCACGAGAGACCAGAACAAGGCUUACUCAGGACUCUUCUCUGCCUCAUGUUAUCUCCGCUGAGGCGUGGAAUUUCAAAGUUUAUUGAGUCGUACCUUCUGUGGAAACUUCCAUUGGAGAAGUAUGGAUUAAAACCAGAACACCCCUUUGUGGAGGAUUAUGCAUCUUGUCAAAUGGCCAUCAUGCCAGAAAAUUUCUUCUCCGAGGCUGAAAAGGGCAAAAUUGUCUUUAAGAAGGCAUCAAAGUGGUGGUUCUGGAAUGGAGGGAUUGAAUUUGAAGACAACACUAAGCUGAACGCUGAUGUAGUGAUUCUUGCAACUGGUUUUGAUGGAAAGAAAAAACUCAAAACUAUUUUACCAGAGCCUUUUAGUAGCUUGUUGGAGUAUUCUUCUGGUAUUAUGCCUUUAUAUAGGGGAACUAUUCAUCCGUUGAUUCCAAACAUGGCCUUUGUGGGUUUCGUUGAGAGUGUUUCAAAUCUUCACUCAUCAGAGCUACGUUCCAUGUGGUUUUCUGGGCUGGUAGAUGACAAAUUCAAGCUCCCAAGUGUGGAGAGCAUGCUUUCACAAACAGAAAAGGAGAUAGAAGUGAUGAAAAGGUCAACUAGGUUCUAUAAGAGGCACUGCAUUUCAACUUAUAGCAUCAACCACAGUGAUGAAAUUUGUAAAGAUUUAGGAUGGAGUUCCUGGAGGAAGAAGAACUGGUUAUCCGAAGUAUUUGGCCCCUACAGCAUUCCAGACUAUGCCAAGGAAGAUUGAAUAUACAAGCUUACAACCACUCUCUCAGUGACUGAUAAAAAUACUGGUAGAAUAAUACUAAUAAUGAUGAUGAUAAAAAUAACUACAUGUUCUCUAAGAAAGAAAAAUUUAAGGCUAAGUCGAGAGCCAAAUGUCGUUUAGAUACUUAAGAGUCAUGUUCCAUGAAUGCAGUCAAAACUCCUUCAA